UGAGUAUCACCCGCAAAUACUCUUUUAGACUCUUUACACGGACCAAGCCUACGCGCGGUCCCCCUAUGAGACGAAGAAGUCAGAGUUCGCCACUCUCUAUGCUGUUUCCCACACGUGAAGCAUCCUAUCGGCCGCGAAGUUGGUUUAGCGAGCCCUUGAGACCCUGCAACGUGUCCCUGCUUUCAUCUCCACCAUUUGCUAUCACUUCAUUUGUUGUUUGCUACCCGACCUCAGGCAGUGCGUUUCUGGGAAAAGUGCAUGCAGGGCUGCACUUCUCCAUGCCUUCACCAUGAGAUUCCGUUCCCAGAAGACCGAAGUGUUUCUUAUUUCUCCCCUGACACCGACGACGAAUCCGUUGUUCCCUUGUCUCAUACUCCCUUGAACGACUGACUGAAACCUUCAGAGCGUCACCACAGACUCGUCGAUCGCACUAAUUUCUCGCUUACCAGUUACAAGAUUUCUUUUCCCAGAUCCUUAUCAUGGCUUCUGAGAAGCGACUGCGCAAAAUGUCUCAAUCCAGACCUGUCCGCCCGGCCGGCAUGCCCAAGCGUUCGAGUAGCUUUCGUCGAGCGUACAACUACCUCUUCAACGCCGAGUCCUCUGCAGAGAAGCCUGCAGAGAAGCCUAUGCCGACGAGAAAACCGCCAGAUAUACCCAGACCGAACGCAUCUUCUCAAAGUCAGAUCGAGGCUCUCCGCAAGGAAUUGCAACAAUGUCGUCUCGAUCUUUACGAGGCCCGAGAAAUCGUCGUUUCUCAAGACCGAGAAAUACAAUCCCACGAACAGACUACGCAGAAGCUCCAGGCUCAGUACAAGGAGAAGGAGGCAUCACUGAGGAGGCAAAAGGCUUCUCUUGAAGAAAACAUGGUGGCUGUCGUUGUACAACAGAUCAGAGAUGCACAGAAAGCUGAACGUGAUGCUGCCAAAGAGGAUUGUAGGAGACAACACGAGAUUGCUAUUGAGGAUGUCCAUCACAAGUACAACUCACGUGUGGCGAUCCUCACACAGGAGUUGCAUAGCUCUCGGGCAGGGAACGAACAAAUCAAGGCUGACUACGAGAAUCAAGUGACAAGUCGUGAAGCCGAACUGGCAUCAUUUCACAACGAUCUGGAAGCUGCCAAACAUGCUAUUGCCGAGACAACAUCAACGCUGCACGAUGUUCAGCAAAUGUCCGCUACGGCGUUAGAAGAAUCCCGGGAAGCAAACUCCGCAGUGAAAGCUCAGCUAGAAGCUCAGCUCUCAGCACUAGCAGUCCAACUCCAGUAUGCCGAAGUCACUGACCAAGAACAUACUCAACGAUUCGCAGAUCUGCAGGAAAGUUCAGCCAAAGUUCUUACUACAGUCGAGCAAUCAUUGAUCUCAACACAACAACAUUUGCAAACGCAGAUCGAUGCACAGACAACGGAAUUGUCUAAUGCCAGAGAUGCUCUCGAUGCAGCCUCCAAAGAUCGCGAUGCAGACUCCUCCGCUUACAAGAUUCUUGAGUGCGAAUUUGAAUCUGCUCGGCAGCACAUUGCCGAUCUCAAUGUGAGCUUGACUGGGUAUGAAGAUACUAAGCAGGCUCUGUCCGCAUCGGAGGCAAGAGUCAUUGAGCUAAACGAGCGGAUACAAGAACUCGGCGCUUCUGAAGCAGCUCUAAAAACGUCUGAAGAGAGAGUGGCGCAACUCAUGGUUGAUCUUGGAGGCUUUGCCGCGUGCAAGGAAGAGCUUGCAAGAUGUGAAGUCAAGAUCGCCGAACUCAACAACACUCUGGACGACUACGAAUCGUGUAAGACGGCUUCGCAAAGAUCUGAGGCGGAAAUCUCCGAGCUAGCUGAUAAGGUCAAAGAGUAUGCUGGACUCAAAGCAGAGCUGGAACACGAGAAGGUUGUUUCGGGCAAUCUCUCCAAAGGUCUUGCUUUCAAAAGCAGCGUCUUGGACGAAUUGCGGAGUAAACACGAGGAAGCAAUCUCGUCUUUACACGGCCUGGAAGAGAAGCAUAAAGCAUUGCUGGGCGAGUCACAGACACUGAAAGAUCAGUUGGCCACGGAAUCUUCGAGUCAUGCUGCAGUCAAAGACCGAAACAACGAGCUUUCGAAACAGUUUGAGGAGAUCUCUGCCUCUCGACUAACAGCACAAACAGCCUUGACGGCAGAGCAGGACAAGAGCGGAGAGAUUAUCAAGCAAGUCCAUGAAUUGCAGAGAACUUUGAACCAAUCUACAAAUCAAAGUGCAGAGCUUGAGGCUGAGAAGAGCAGACUACUCGUGUCUUUCGAAGCUACGUCAGACGCUCAUAAGACUGCCGAAGAUACCUUGGCCGAUCUCCGAGAGAGAUUAAGGGAUGUUGAAGACAGGUCGUCGCAAGAGCUUGAUCACAAAGAAGCUGACCUGAAGGCCACUCUGUCAUCUCAGACAGAGACUGAGACCCGCCUUAAGGAGUUGGAAGGCAGGGUACACGCAUCGAACCCGGCAGUCUCUGAGUCUCCAAAGAUCAAGCACCUCAACGAGGAACUCAAAGCCAAGAACGGUAUGAUCGACGCUCUAACUCAGAGAAAGAACGAAACUGAGGCACGACUGAAGUACGCGACGGAGAAGAUCGAAGCACUCCGGACUGAACUGAAAACAAAGUCGUCCGCGGGCAAAAGCGCAAAAGACCUUGAAGCACGUAUACAGGAAUUCCAACAGCUGUCAACGGAACAGACGGAAAACGCUGCCAAACUUCAGGCUGAGUUGGACAACAAAGUUGAAGUGAUUGUUGAGCUCACGGCGUGGAAGGACAAUCUUGAACAAGAGAUCGAUAGUCUUACACGGUCAGAGUAUUACAAGGGCAUUGAGGACGAUAAUGAGGCACCACACGGCCCGUCGGUCGAUGCUGGUGUGUCCAAACACGAUUACAGUGCCGAACUCACUUCUUCUGAUGAGGCUGAAGACGAAGCGAGUGAAGGGUCUAUUGAGGCCGAUGCUGCUGCUGCUGAUGAAGAUGAUCGUGCACGAUAUGAAUCGAGCCACCAACCUGAUAGGCUGAGUGCGAUUGAUGAAUGCGAUUGACGAGUGAAUGAUUUUUUUCGAUGAGAUGAGAAACGAUUGAACCAUGGCAGGACCAUGUACGGAGAAACGACUUUUGAGUAUGGGAUAAGCUGCAGAUGAUCAUACGCCGCGCUAAUAUUCGACCUUAUAUGUUGUCUCUUGUCAAGCAGGUAGUUUGAUAUCCUGACAUUCGUAGCCAUCAAAGAAUUCGGGCAUGCGACACGAUGCUGAGGGCUGACAACUAAUUUCAUCCAUAAUCUAGAUUCUAAGUUCAUUGCUCUUCAUAA